UUGAAUGUCAACAUGGUAAGCACUGCUUUGUGCGUUUCAAACAACAAAAUACAUGUUAUAAUAGGUAUAAUAACAGGUAUAAUAAUUAUAUAUUUGGGCUUUCGAGUGGUUUACCAAUUAUUGUCAUUAUUAAUACAUGAAAACGAGUAAUGCAUACUGUAUUCCAAACUACAAAAAGUUGCAUUUGAAUACGGACUGUUUAAUUCAGUACAUUACAAUAGCAGAAAUACUGUUAUAUAUAUGUAUAUAUAUAUAUAUAAAACAUUUGACACUUUUUUAACAAUAAAGGCAUUUGUGUGCUUUUUGGGGUGGUGUUCUUCCAUAUUUGAGUUUAGACUUAUAAACGAGAUUAAUUUGAUUAUCAGUGCAUGUCAUAAUUGGUUUGAAAAUUUGUAUAUAUUGUUGCAUUAGAAGACAUGCACAGUUUAUUGUAACUGAAUACACUUAUAACAUAAUGGCACUGAAAUAUGAACCUCAUCCUUGAAAUAUUAAUGCCGGGCCACCACACACAGACAGUAGAAGUUCUGCUGACAUGGAUGCUCAACAAGAAGAACUAAAAUGUCCUGUUUGUGUAGAGCCUUUCACAGAUCCUGUCCGCCUUCCAUGUGGCCACAACUUCUGUCAAACCUGCAUCCAAGUGGUCUGGAACAUGGAUAACCCAGAAACAUCUAGAGAAGGGCCACUGUUCUGUCCGGAAUGUCAAAUCCUCUUUCCUCCUGACCUUGAGCUUCAGAUCAAGUCAAGUCUUCAAAGGAAAACUCAGGAUGUCUUUGCAGGAGCACCUCUGCUGAAAGAAUCAUCUCAAACGUCACCUUCAGUUAUCAUGUGUGACCAGUGCAUUGGGAAGACUGAGGUGGCUGUGAAGAGCUGCCUCACGUGCGAUGCCUCUCUGUGCUCGGCUCACACCCUCCUGCACCAGCAGAGAGAGGCUUUAAGAGGGCACUCUAUCAUCGAAGUAACUGAAGACUUGAUUUCCUUUAAGUGUAAGGAGCAUGGGGAGGGGCUGAAACUCUUCUGUCAGGAGGACCAGGUUGCUGUGUGCUGUCUGUGCGUUGCAGUUGGUUCACACAAAAAACAUCAAGCUGUUACGCUCCAAGAGGCAUGCUCAGAGUUCAAGGUACUUGUAAGUUCACCAGGCAUUUUUUUGACAUCUUGUGGUGGUUUGCAGAAAAAUGCAGAAGCAUAUAGAGUCAGAAUAGUUGAGAAAUACAGCCAGAUAAAAGCCCACAUUGAGGAGGAUCAGAAGCUGAUGUUGGCCAUUCUGGAAACAGAAGAGAUUUACACCAGUAAGUGGCUGAGUUGGAGGAGUGAGUCACUAAAGUGUCAUGUUAAUGAUAUUAAUGCUGCCCUGAGAUCAAGCCAAACUCUCCUCGAGGAAGAGAAUGAUGUCAGAUUUCUCCAGCAUUUCAAAAAACAUGGACUAGGUUCCCAGGGGGAUUUGCCAUUUGUGUCUGUGAUAGAGCAAGAGUACAGCGCACUAGACAAGAUGAAGACCGUUGAACAGCUGGUUGAUAACUUAGAAGACGUUGUCUUUCAGAACACUCAGCGGCUGUGGUCUAGUAAGUGUCUCAGUGCAAUAAGUUUAGACCCAGAAACAGCACACCCUGAGUUGGAGGUGUCAGUAGACAGGCUGGAAGUACACUGGAGUAAGAAACCAACCCCAGAGAGGAAACAGAAAACAAACAUCAGCUCUCAGUACAGUGUCCGGGCCAAGGAGAGAUUCUCCAGCGGUUCCCAUUACUGGGAAGUGGCUGUGUGGAAGAAACCCUUCUGGCUGAUUGGUCUGUCAUAUGGGUCAGCUACUGGAGAUCAGGAUUCAGAGCACUGCAACGGUGACUUUGACAAUGCAUUCUGCUACAUCUAUCAUGGUAAUGGAAAAUACCUCAUUUGUCAGGACUCAAAUGAAAAGCAACUGGCAGUAAGGAAAACUAUCCAAAAACUUGGAGUUUGUGUAGAUAUCCAGAAAGGGAAUGUGUCCUUCUAUGAUGGCGAUACGCUGGCUUUGCUUCACUCAUUCUGUGUUGAGUUUUCUGGCCCAGUUUAUCCCAUCUUCAAUCCCUGUAUUGACAUAAAUAGCCAAAAUAGUCAACCUCUUGCCAUUGUACAUCUAAGAAACACAAAUAUUCCUCAAAGCCCCUCCUAAAUUGCAUGAAUCCAUUAAUUUUCCAGUUACAGUGCUUAAAUAAUAGAUUAAUCAUUCUAUUGUGUGUGUCUGUUUUAUAUGAUUGAGUUUGGUGUAGUUAUCACAAGAAAUCUAGGAUUUAAUACUUUAAUUCUAGUGUGUAAUUUCUACCUCAAUGUAGAAAAUAAACCAUUGUGCUCUAGGUGUUUUAAAACUGAAAAGUGAGAAAGAGGUGCAAAUAGUUUGACAAAUUAACACAGAUUAAAUGUAAUAAACUUAUUUGCCCCUUUUUCCUUAAAAAGGACAGUUCACCUUUAAAACUGCGUCAUCAAUAAUGAACAUUUUGUCAGUAUUUUUUGU